UGAUUGCUGUUAUCCAUUUAUACGGUUGUUAUAUUACAGUAAGCGAAAAUGUCGUGUACAAAAAUAAAACAAAGAAAAAAAAAAACGUUCGGAGAAGUAUUUGGUUCAAAGAGUGGCUCACAAAAAGAUGCACUAAUGGCGCUUAUCAGAAAAUAUUAAUGGAGUUUCGUGAAAUAAAUAAUCAAAACUUUUAUUCGCAAACUUUUUUCGUAUGGAUGAUCAAACUUUUAAGAAAUUGCUGCAACUUGUUUCAAUACUUAUUAAGAAGCAAGACACAAAUAUUUCAGAGCAAGAACGAUUGGCAGUGACUCUUCGAUUUCUUGCUUUUGGAGAUAGCUACAAAAGUCUUUCGGUCUCGUUCUGCAUUGCUUCUUGCACAAUUUUCCUUAUUGUUCCACCGGUUUGUCGGGCAGUUUAUAAAUGGCUGAAAAGUGAAUAUCUAAAGGUACUAUGCACACAAGAAGAAUCGAAUGAAGUAGCUUUUAAAUUUAAUAAGCUGUUGAACUUUCCGAAUUAUAUACAAGUAGGAGCGGUAGACGGUAAAAACGUACAAAUAGCAGCACCACCGAAUUCAGGAUGCAAAUUUUACAAUUACAAAGGGACGCACCGUAUAGUACUAAUGGCUGUUGUUGAUGCAAAAUAUAACUUUUUAUAUAUUGAUGUGGGCUGCAAUGGCCGUGUGGCAGAUGGAUGAGUGUUUGGCAGCUGUUCUUUUCAAAGUGCUUUAGAUAACAACGAACUUAAUUUACCAAUACCAAGACCCUUGCCAGAGCGUUAAGUGGAAGUACGCUUUCUAUUAGUAGUAGACGAUGCUUUUCGUAUGCAGAAACAUUUGCUAAAACAAUAUCCUGGUAAAAGUUUAUCUGGUGGGCAGAAAAUAUUCAAUUACAGGUUAUCUAGAGCUCGACGCGUCGUAGAAAAUGCAUUUGGCAUUAUGUCACAGCGGUUUUAAAUUAUUAAUUUUCACGUCCUUCUAAAUUCAAUGCAGAAAAACGAAAUUUAUACAAUAUAAUAUUGUGUAUACUAUAUAUAGUAUGUAUACUAAAAAAAAUAACUAAA